UGUUUUCUCCCUCCCCCAUCGUUAUAUACCCCUACGGAGCCUCUUCUCAUCAGCCUGCUCCUUAUCGCCGGCUGCCGUGCCGCCGCGUCCUGCUCCCCGCUCCCGUGUUCGUCGUCCGAAGCACCGCCGAGCGCCGCGGCCUCGCGCCAGCGCCACCGCCCAGAAACCAUCUUUCCCUCCCGCGCCGCUGAGCCCAUAGCCCAUAUCGGGGCCUCGUUCGACUUCGACCGAAGCGCGCUGUGUCAAAUUUCUGCGACCUUGCCGCCGCCUUCAUCAUUCUGGAGCUCGGAUUGAUUUCUUCCUUUGCUGUUUUCUAUUUUCUUCCCGAGGCAAUUUCGAGCUGGCAAUGAUAGUUCUUACCUUGACCAAGGAGCCAAGUCUUGGAGUCAAUAUUAUGCUGCCAUGCACAUUGCAAUAAAUGCUGUCAUUACCGAACUAAAGCAGUUUCUGAGAGCAAGCGUCACAAUCGCCAUGGAAGCUGGGAGAAUGGAUCAGCCUUGCAUGGCUUCUAUCAAUAGCCAGCCUUUCGUGGCUGAUACUGAGCCAGUGAAGAAAGCCAGUGGGGACAUGCCUGCGGCGCCGACAGGAAGCGGGUGCUUCGACUGCAACAUCUGCCUUGAUUUUGCAGCAGAACCAGUGGUUACCCUCUGUGGUCAUCUCUACUGCUGGCCUUGCAUCUACGAGUGGCUGCGCCCUGGGGUGGAGUCAACCGCCAGCGACAACGGCAGUUCGGCAAGGCGGCAAUGCCCUGUAUGCAAGGCAACACUCUCACCGGACACCCUUGUGCCGCUAUACGGCCGCGGAGGGAGCUCAAAGAAGUCACUGGAUGGCAUGGCCAUCCCGCGCCGCCCCAUGGUACACCGGGAGGCUGUCGAGCAACAGAAUGCACGGAGCCAUGUCAAUGACCAGCACUACCACCAGAGCACGGGAGACAGCCCUCAGCACCAGCCAUUGAUGCAGGCGCACCACCAUCCCGUCCCCCCUGGGUUCGACUUCAUAUACCCUCCAGCGCCGGUAGGGCGUGGUUUGAUCCACUCGACUGCCGGAGGGGUGCUCGGAGGGAUGGCAGAGGUUGUGCUCCCGUGGGUGCUCCGUGGCCAGCUGCCAGCCAGCUUGCACUACACGAGCCCAUACCAUGUUGCGGCACAGAACGUGAACCCCAGGCUGAGGCGGCAACAGAUGGAAAUAGAGAGGUCCCUGCACCAGAUCUGGUUCUUCCUCUUUGUGUUUGUGCUGCUGUGCCUGCUCUUGUUCUGAGACAGAGGACUGUUCUAUAUGCCUCUCUGUAGAUAUUGAAGAGGGGGAGAGAGGGAUACUAAUGGAUGAUGCGUAUAGUAGACAGGGUAAUGGUCUGUAUCGACAAGCAUGCUGAUAUAGAGUUGUAAUAUGAUGAGACAUGGGAGGUGAAAUGUAUAUUUCAUUCUUCUCGUCAUAACGUCAGCGGUUUCCUGAUCUAUCGCUGUUGGCCUGUUAGGUAGGUUGCCUACCUGACAUGUCUUCAUGUCAGGGCCUUCGAUUUGCUCAUUUGCAUAUGUAAAUCGAAAAUGAUGUUUUGGCUACCAAUGUCUGCGUCCUCUUCAAUCCCUGUUCCGAAAUUGAUACGGCAA